CUGCCGACGAGGAGCCCGAUCAUGUCAAGCGAAGAACCCAAGGAGCGACGACCCCCGGGGCCACUUCUGAGCUUACCGAGCUGUCCGCCCGAAUGCAAACGAUGAUGGAAGAGCAGCAUGCAAGUUUUUCCGAGCUGCUUGCCCGCGCGGCGAGUCAAUUUGACGAACUGGACGGGAAGAGCCAGCGGUUGGAGGCGUAUCCUGUGCAAAAGUAUCGUACUCGUAUGAAUGCAAGUCUUGCACUAUUACAAACCUUUUUAUUAAGGCACAUCAGCAUGACAAAUUCCAUUUCUCAUGCUAAGGAAAUUCGUAUUGCAAUUUAUACUACUUAGUACGAUACUUUUGCAGUUCAUAAGGCGACCGUGGCGGACAUUCGCGAACAGUUCCUGAGUUUUGGAAAAAGGAGUGAGAAAAGCAUUGCGAAGUUGAACAAGAUGGUGCAGCGCUCGCAAGGGGACACCGACGUGCCGCCGAUAAAGGACAGCAGCGUUUUUCUGAGAAGUUCCGCAGAUGGAAGUAGUCAGAGUACUAGAGAUCGUCCCACCAGCGCGAAAGACAGUUCCAAUGUUCUUGAUUUUGACGCAAACGAGAGAGGGGCGGGGACGGUUGCGGACGUGCGUCAGGAGUUCUUGCGGUCGGGGAAAGUUCCACCACCAGGUGCGGUGGGGGCAACGAUGUCAACAUCUCCACGGGGGGGUAUGAUGGUAUCAUCGUCUCCAAGAGGCACAAUGUCACCGAGAGCAGGUCGAGGGGCGGCCUCUAGUACGACUUCCCCGAGAGCGGGCACGACAGCACCGAGAGGAGGCACCAUGUUGUCACCACGAGGAAACGCCACGAUGUCCUCUCCCCGUGCGGGCGGAGCUACGACAUCGCCGAGGGGUCCGACGUCUCCGCGGGGUCCGACAGCAGCAGCGUCGCGAGGGACAAUGUCUCCGCGGGGCGGAACGAUGACGUCGCCGCGAGCAGGGGGAACCACAACCAGCACGACCGGACCACAGCCGGCGGAAUCUUCGGCCAGUAUUGUAGUUCCUGGAGCACCGCAAACACAAAUGCACCCUUCUGAAGGCGACAGAGAAACAGCAGCACCAUUUCCAGCUAACGAUGAAAACAAUCUCUUCGCCCCGCUAGAGCAGCGUCUCCAAGCCGCGGAAAACGCACAGAUAGCACAGGCCAAACAACUGCAGGACCGCGUAGACACUUUUGAAGACAAAACGAGAUCUCUGGUCCGCGAGGCGUCGAGCCAGUUGGUGGACUUGUCGGAAGCGCUGACGGAAGCGAAGAUGAAGAACGAAAAGCUUGCGAAACAGCUGCAAGCAGCGGAGAACAACCUCGCCGCGCUGCAGCGGUCAAACGCGAUCCGCAUUGAUACCGUAGACGCGAAGCUGGACGGGGUGAUUGGUGUGCAGAAGCAGUUCGUGAGACAAUCGCAACUCGACACGGUGGUGGCGAGCAUUACGGACAAGCCGGUUCUUAGUUUGAGUCGUGGCGGACCGGCCGAAGAAGCUUUACAUGAAGGACCAGAUGGAACAAAAAACAGUAAGAAGCCGUCAACUGCAGCUAUGGCCACAGAGAACGAGGAGUCUGGAGAGCAGGAGAAACCUGGCGCACGUGGCAUGAAUUCAGACGCAGAGUCGGACAUCAAUCACCCCGGGGAGCCGACACCUCUGCACGUUGCGAGCAAAAUGAUCACAGCUGCUGAGUCGGCACCUAGAAGCGGAGCAGACCAUGUUGGAGCUUCUUCCACCUCCGAUAGUACUGUCGUGAUGCCGAUGCUGUUGCAGCUUACCGAAUCGGUUGAACAUUUAGAGGACGCGAUGCGCAACACUUUGCCGGCGGUCCGGGCCGCGAGUGACCAGGCGCAGACGAAGAUUACGGAAAUUGACAACGAGAAGAGAACCUUGCAGAACCAAAUAGAGGACUUGGAGGCGAAAUUGGCAAAGUUGCAGCCUUUCGUUGCGAAAUUAGACCAGGAGCGACAACUGCAGGAAGAGAAAUUGGACGCAGUGGUUAACGCGAAAGUGGCGAAAGCGGAGGAAAAAUUAAAGCAAGUUUUAUUGUUGAACGUGAACUCGCCGGGGGCAGGACGAGUAGCAGCCGCCAUCGCAACGCCAUUGAGCGCCUUGAGCGACAAAUUGAGGACGCCGAUUCAACUUCCGCCUGGGCCGGCUCCGUUGGAGAGCCCAGUGAAACUCCCGUUGCCGGGUGACGAUGAAAUCUUCCGGGACAAGAUUCUACUCGAAGACGUCCUCGACGAGCAGACUGUGCAACUUCCACCGGAUGACGAAAACACAGUGGUUGAACAACAGCCAAAAUUAUCUUCAUUGACGAACACGGGCGCGGCAAACGCAAAUGGAAUAGAACAAGUAAGCACGACCAUAUCGCUCACCGCAUCUAUUCCAUCCGGAGAAAUAAAUGCAGCAAAUAAAGCUACUAUUAGGAGCACCGAGCAGUAUGUGAAGCAGCAACAAUCGAUCAUUCAGUUACAAAAUCGGUUGUCUUCUCUCCACAAUCAGUUGCUGGAGGGCAGGAUGCCUUCGGUCGCUUUCAAGACGCAUUUGAACGAAGUGGAGAACCACUUGGCGAGUGAUUUGGACAACUGCGCAAAGGAAAAUUUGGAUUUGAAAAAACGGGUCUACGAACUCGAGCACAGCGAGUUGCCGGAAAGGCUGCACAAAUUGGAAGAGCAGGCGGGGACUCUUGUUGCCGCAAUGGAAAAGCAAAAUGCGAUUUUAGAGCAGUUGCAGAAAAAUCCUGCAAUUACUGGCGCUCCUGAAAGAGCAACUACGACCUCCGUAGUUCCUGCCAAAAAUCCCGGCUCCUUCGCCUUCGCCGACGCAGCUACCGUAAGUACUGAUCGCCCCACCGACCACUCCGUAGAAUUCGCUCCGGCGCAGCUGCAAGAAGAGAUAAACAAGCAGCGGAAAACUCUGCAACAGGAAAUCGCCCAGGUGGAGUCUCAACUGCUCGCCUACGUGGACGGGGCGACCGCUGAACAAGACCACAAAAUUCACCCUUUGACGAAGCAGAUCGGCGCUUUCCAAGACGACAUGAACGAGAUGAAGUCGAACGUGAAAGAAGCGCUGUGGAAAACCUAUACAGCCAUGAAGGACGAGGUCAGAGCGGUGAAGGACCAGCUAGCUGGUUACGUGAAAAACGCGGAGAAACAGUAUGUUGCAAAAAAGGAUGUUGAACGAGGUGGAACAAAUGAGAAUGACCACAACAACUCCGUUGAAAUCGUCGACGCGGUUUUGGCCCUGCUUCCCGAUGCGGUUGGUAAUGAUGCGGCACACGAACAGCAGCAGUCCUCGAUCGUGCGCGAAGCGGUGGAGAAGGUAACGCAAAGUAGAACCACUUCGUCUUUGAUCGAGGAUGAGGAAGUGUUGAAGGUUCUUGCCAACAAAAAUUCCGAGGCAGGAGGGGACAAGGCGCGUGGGCCGACAGCGGCAGCCAGCACAGAACCACUGCGACAAGAAGAUCAGCAAGGUACUGCAUCUUCCCCUUCGCCUUCGUCGGCAAAGCGUAUCUCCCUCGCAAAGCAGCUCGAGGAGCAGGAAGCUGUUGUCCGCGAUCUCCAAGCGCAAAUGCAGGACUUCACGACCAAAAUCGAUGAAAGGAUGAAAGACGCAAGGACGCAGAUCAAGGGCAACAUGGGUCGGAUUUUAGACUUGGAAGCGGCAGUGAAAAGGACCGACCCCGACGCCGGCGGCGUUGCAACUACAACUAGAAAGUCGUUGGAACAAAGCACUUCUUCGGGUCCUCGUCGUAAUAAGGAGCAAGACACUGCGACUUCCGAAGAUGUUGGAGUUGUUGUAGCAUCCACGAUCUCCAGCGAUGGCAAGAACGAGAACGACCCACAUGUAGUUCCACCGAAGGACCAAUUGACCGCGUUUCUGGAAGCCGCGGAUCUGAUCCACAACGAAGUUCAAACUCUCAGAGACAACAUGGCCGCGGAUUUCCAAGCCCUGCACGCGAACCAAAAGCAGGAGGAAGAAGACGCUGCGAGCGGUUUGAAGAAACUGAAAAACGACUUUGACGAGCGGGAGAAGAAUUUUCUGAAAAGGUUAGACGACCUGGAGUUGAAGCUAGAAAAGGAACAGCAACGGUGGAGCGCGGCGAGUACGAGAACUGAGUCUAGUACUGCAGCAUUAAACGGCGGUGCUAGUAUCCAACGAGCCGCGGCGUCAAAACAAGUAGUGUAUGAAAAGAAAAUCAACGACGUGAAAGCCGUGAUGGACCAAUUACAAGCAAAUUCGGCCGCUUUGAAGAACGCAAUUGACGAGAAAAUCGAUAGGAGGGAAAAACAGCUAAGGGAUAUGGUAGAACAGAACUUAGCGAGGUUGCUGCAACUGGAGGCGACAGUGACGGCGUUGAACGAACAAGCGGCGAGGGCAACGACGUUGAAAAAGCUGCAGGAAAAAGAGCAGGAUGGACCACCGUCCAACAAGCAAUCUACUUCCGCAGCCGCUUUGUUCGAAGACGCGCCUGUCAUUGCGCCGACGCAAGAGCAAAAUCCAAACCUGACGGUAGCUCCAGAACCUUCUACAGGAGCAGCUGACGGCGCAGCAACCACGCGAACCUUGAAACGCGCGGUCCUGGCUUUGGCAAGCCAGGUCGAGGCGUUGCAGGAAGCGUCCGCAGACACGAGAAAGAAGGUUAGGAGACUAGCGAUUGAGCAGCAACUGCAGGGUGAGCAAAUGGAGCAGGAAAUUUCGCAGCUUGCCAUGUUCGACGUGGUACCCGAUGUCAAUAGUGUAGAAAAAGAAAUUAUCGAAGGUCCGGCGCCGGAGUCUCUUCAAUCCGCAUCCGCGUUUCAGGAGACGGAAGAGAAGCAAAUGGUCAGCUCAAUCAGGAUGGCGACGACCGAUGAUUUCGUCGAGCAAAACGCGGAGAAUGAGCUCGAUGUUCUCGAAUUGCAACAGGCCGCAAAUAAGUCCAGCCACAUCGGGUUACUGAAGAAAAAAACCGCCGGCGCGAAUUUGCAGCAGGAGCAGCAAGCGGCGGCCCUUUCCGACGCGGCACUGAAAGACAAGAUUCUCGCACUUUUUUUGGAUGAUAGCGAAGAAGGACAGGAACAAGACAGCCACAGUGUGGUUUUGCAGGAGAAGAUGGACGAAAAAAUCGCGAAGAAAAUCGAAGAAAAACUCUCGGUGGUCUUCCUCGAAGAUAAGGAGAACGAAGAUGGACGAGGAAACCAAAACAUCAACCAGCUCCAGGAGAAGAUAGACGAGAAAAUCAGCAGAAGAAUCGAGCAAAAAAUGUCUUCCCUCUCUUUCGAAGAUUUCAAAUCCACCAUCCUCCAAGAACAAUCCUCGGAGAGAAUUUCUCUAUCAGAACUGAAGUCCUCCAUCCGAGACCUACAAGAAAGACAGCAGGAGCAAAAGAAAUCUUCGGACGUCAAACUCUCUCUAUUAGAGGUGCAAUCCUCCAUCCGAGACCUGCAAGAAAGACAAUCGUCGGCGCUAAAGCUAUCCACAGCCUCCUCUACUUCUAGUAGUACCAUCGGCCCGCAUAUCAAAUGCAAAAAUGUCUGGGUCUGGAAGAUUGCGAGGUUUGUCAUGCUUGUCUGGCAUGACCAAAAAGUUUGUGAUGCGUGUCCAAGAAGAGACCCUUUUGCCUGUCAUGCAAAAACGCAGUUUGUCAUGCGAAAAAUGCACCACAAAGAAGCGCAAAUAUUUCUCAUGCUUGCCUGUGCAUUACAGAGCAUUCACUAUUCCCAACGCAGCAUUACAAGUUUCCAGACCCAGACAUUUUUGCAGUUGAUACCGCAGGAGGCGCAGCAGAUAAAAUUGGAGCUGUCACAGGAGGUGGAGACGAAGGUUAUGGCGUUCUCAACUGUUACAUUCUCAACUGUUACAUGAAUUUGUGAUGCAAGAAUGGCAAAACUGAAAGGGGGAAGAUUGCGCCUUUUGCAUGACAGAUUUGGCGCAGAUUAUCAGCCUGCUCGGCCCUUCGGGAAUUUGUCAUGCGAAGCAGCUUAAUCAUGUCGAUUCUGAUUGGAACUCUGCAUGACAAAUCAUGUAACAGUUCAGAAUGUAAUGUUUGAGAACGCCAUAAAGGUAAAGAAGAAACUGGACCGAAGGUUUGAUGACAUGGAAGAGAACCAGCAAAGGCAAACCAGGGAGUUGCGCGACAAGCUGAUCGAUUUGGAGCACGAACUGGCGGAGGAAGCGAAAAAGUUGAAGGAAAUUCUGGAUGAACACGAAGCGAACAAGCGAAACAGCGCUCUCCCAGGAGUGGGCGCGCUAGUUUCGAUGAGCACAGGGAAGGCGCCGGGAGGGGAUGUGGAUAUCCGACCGGGAGGAACAACUCCAGCUGGAACUGCUGUUCUCGCCGACGAAGACGACCAAAACUUCAACUUCGUGUCAGCGAAAGAAGAACUGAUCUCGGGCGCAAGGAAUGAGCUGAAAGCCGAUGUAAAACAGUUUGAGGAAGAGGAGAAACAGAAAGUCGCUGGACUGGAGAACAAGCUGCAGAAAAUGGAAGCCCACUGGGUGAACGAGUGGGGGAAGUUUCGGGGCGAUGUGUUCUCGGAGAUGGAAAAACUAGUGAAGGAUAAAGUGGAGAACUUGCUGGAGAAAGCGAAGACUGAACUUCUACACGAGAAGGAAAAUGCGAAUAACGUUAAGAAGGACGACACAAGUCUUCCUGACGCUGAACUUUCAAACUACAGUAUGAAUAAAGCGGCUUCCAACAAGAACAUUUCCCAAAUUCUCGAGUCCGCCACGAAUAGGAGUUCCACGCUGUUAGCAGAGAAGGAAAGACAGCUCGAAGACCUGCUGGAUGCGAAAUGGAAAAAGUUUGAGCAGAAGGCAAAGGAGCGAGAGAAAGAAAUGCAGGACUCGACGAUGCGAAGGUUGUCUCUCCGGUUGGAAGACGACGUGGAGCACGCGGUGGAGAAGGUGAAAACCCAAGCACUGGGCACGAUCUAUGGGACUCUCAAACGUCACAUUCUCAACUGUUACAUGAUUUGUCAUGCAAAAUGAGCAUUAACACCCACAAGGUGAAGCUACUUCGCAUGACAAAUUUUUGGAAAGGCUAAACAGCACCUAAAUCUGCGCGGAAUUUGUAAUGCUACAGGUGCAACCUCCCUGCAGCUUUGACUUUUGCCAUUCUUGCAUCGCAAAUUCAUGUAACAGUUGAGAGUGUAACGUUUGAGAGCGCCAUACGAUCAAAGACGAAGUCGCGGCGGAAGUGAGCAGGAGCCCGGUGAAGCAGGCUGGUGGCCAAGGUCAGGUGGGCACACAGGACGAGGAGCCAACGGAACUACAAGAAGGACGACGAGCGGGAGAUGAUGGUCUUCGUGCUGCUGGCUCUUCGUCGGCUUACCGAGCAUCAAAGAAAAACACCGAACUCCAACCCCAGAAGACGCAGGAGCAGGCGGUUUCAAUUCUCACUUUUGAGAUCGACGAGGCGGAACAGGACCUCAUUACCGCCGCUGCAGGUCUGAUGAUGGACAGCAAACAAAACACCAAAUCCCUCCGACGUAUCUUCGAGUCGGUAACACCGCUAGGCGGUCCGGAGAACGCCGUGGGCGAUUACAGUAGUUCAUCCAGCAGUGCUGAGGAACGGGAAACGGGUGGCAGUUCUACUACAACUUUUGCAAAGAACACACUCGAGCAAGAAUUUCUCCGGCUCGGGGGUUCAAAGAAGACAAACGUAACAAGAGCGACGGCUGCCAGCGGGGCCGGUGGUCGCGCCGGGAUGAAGAGUAGAGAAGUUCAACAGCAAAGUACGUCGAAGAUUAACGACUACAUCGCCGCGAGAAUAAACGAGCAUCUAGUGCACAGUAAAGACUUGUUGAGCGACCACGCGACGAAGCUGUUGGACGAUUUGGAUUUGAGUGUAACGAAAGUAAAAAUGAACAUGAGCAGGAGCAGUUUAGAAGUCCAACCAGCGGAAAAAUACCAGGACAGAAAUGACAAUUUAGCAUCUUCUUCAUCACAACUACGUCCUCCCGGCGCCGGCACGCUAGUUCUGGACACGGUUCACGAUGCUGCUGCGGUUAUUGAGGAGAAAGUGAAGGUCUGGAUGGAACAGGCCGAGGAAAGGCUGUUGCGAGUCGUGCAGCUCGUCACGGUAAAGGACCCGGGGCGUGAAGAUCAAGAUGCAUCGGCACGAGCUGGUGCGGCUAGCGGGAGUGGGAGUGCCGCUGCUUCCAACAAACCCUUCAUGUCGGCAGACAGUGUUUUGAACCUGGUUGGCGGUGGUGUUGGAAUAUUAAACCAGCAAGACGAAAGGACCUCAUCUGCCACCACUUCUCUCUUUGACAGUUUCCAUGCGCAAAUGGAGGCCAGGGAUAGUGCCCGGCAGGAAGAAAAAGAAGAUGAAAAUAAAACAGAGGCGAUGAACAUCAAAACCAACGCCAGGCUACUUCCAAGCAAAAUGAAUCUCGACGAAGCGAAAGUUUUGCAGCUCCUCGAGCACCACAAACAAGAGGAGAAAAAGCUGCUACAAUUAUUGGAGUCCCACGUGGCGUAUCCUGUGCAAAAGUAUCGUACUCGUAUAAAUGCAGGUCUUGUUGCAUGACAGAUCUGCUUUUUUAGCUUGUUCUGCAUGACAAAUUUCAUUUUUCCUUUACAAAAAAUUUGUCAUGCGUUUUGUACUUCUAGUGCGAUGCUUUUGCAAUGCAUAUGGCGCCAUUGAAAAAAGAGGCGAAGCGGGUGGUUUUAGUGGAGGGUCGGAUGGUAUAUCACAAGAAAAAGGGUUAACGUUAACGGAAUUUGUGAUGCAGUGAUGCAUCAGAAAAGGUGCGCAAGUUUGUAUUGCGUAGCAUGCAUGGAAGGCGAAACUUGUAAUGCAUGACUGCCAUCUGUGAAAAAGAAAACCGUUAACGUUAACACUCUUUUGUUUGAUAUGGUAGAUUUGGAAGACAGAAUCGCUUAUUUAGAGGCGGUGAACAGCGGGAGAGAUGUUGACACCAGAGAGGAUGUUGUUGUUGGGAUGAAAACAGCUGCAGGAACCAGUUCUAAGAAUUAUCAGCCCGCGUCUGCAGAAUUCGCAAAUGACCCGCCCGGAGCUUCUUCUGCUACCACUGGAGAUCAUGAGGACAAAAGAAGUUCCUCUCGACUGCUUUCCAGCCUGCGAACCGAGAUGGCCGAGUUAGAGGCGAGACUGUUGGAAGAGAUCGGAAAAAAAGCUUCUCCCGCUGCUCUGGAGCAACUGGAGACUCGACUCGCCUUGGCAGGAGCAACAAGUGCAGCUGGCCAGAAAAUUUCUUCAACAACCCGGGGUGGCGCUGGUGGUGCAGCCAGCAGUAGAACAGGGUCUGCCACGAUAAUUGAUGACGAGGCUGCUGCCACUAGUUCUUCCGACACCAUCAACAAGCAGUCACCGCAGCAGCUGAAAACCCUAGAAGAGAGGAUCGUGAAGGCUCUGGAAGCUUUGCACAAAACGCUGCUGGAACGUGCGGACCGGGACCGCGAAAAUUCGAAGAAGCAGCUGCAGGUGGUCAAAUCGCAGAUGGAGGAGGUACUAGACACGCAAGCAGUUUUAGGCCGAGGGGCGGCGAGUUUGCAGAAACAACUGCAGGCUUUUGAAGCAGUCGUUUACAACCGGUGGUCGCAAAUUCCGGAAAAGAUUUUGGAUGGCGAAGUUGAUGAAGCAGUAGAAAACAAGAACUACGACCGCGGCCCGAUAAAGAACAGGGCCUCGGCCAGCGAGGACCCUUCUUCCGCUAGUACAACAACUGUCCAAGCGGCUCAGGCCAACGCGAUUCAAACGCGAAUGAUAACGAUGGAGAAGGUUUUGCAGGACAGCAUGCGAGACGGACUUAGCAAAUCGGAAACCCGCAUCUGCAGUGAGGUUCUUCCGUCUCAAAUCGACCAGAUGCGAACACAAUUGACACAGCAGCUCGCGAGAGUUCUGAACGACGUGCUGACGGUGACUUUAGCCGCCGGGGCGGGAGGUGCAGCUGGUUCACAACAACAUCAAGGAGCUAGUAGCAGUGGUGUGCCGCCACAGCAAGUGCAAGGGCAUCAAGAGCCUUAUGGACGAGGCGGACCUCUUGAUGCCACAAGCGAGACGCCAACAGUUGCACCGCCGCUGUCAACUUCUCCCGCGCGUCGCCGGACAACAAAGAGGGCCACGGUUCACGUCGACCCGGCUGGCGAGUUAGUCGCGAGGUUUAGCUCAAUCUAUGACCCGGAGCCGUCCGCGCCGCCCUUUGAGUUCACGCACUUGAUGGACGCGUUGCCGAAUUCCCUGGCCCUACAGAGCUUGAUUGAACAACGUGUCGCGACUUAUUUCCAGCAAUUGACGCCGCAGUUGAUUUCUGACGAGGUGAAGAAAAGCGAGGGAUUGGGUGAACUUGUGGAUAAGAGGGUGCGGGAUGUGUUGGUGGGAGAAAAUUUGAUCGCAGGAGCGCCACGCGGAUCCACAACUGCUAGUAGUAAUACGAUGAGAAUAUUAGCCCCGGGAAAAUUAUCAGAAAGAGCGGGUAGUGGGACCACGGUAGACAUGGGCACUGCAAACUUCGGAAGUAGUGGAGUAGUUCCAGGUAUCCCGGUCGCAAUUCAGCAGAGCCCGCUGCAACAUUCUACACGAAGACCUACAGGACAUCUUCAAGCCGACCCUGGUCUUUUGCCGGGUCCAGAGGAGGUACAACAACGCGAUCAAGAUGUCCUCGACCGCAACACCCUCUUGACAACCUCCGCUUCACACGACCAGCUCCUCCAAGCGAAAAUCGACGACAAGCUCGAAGAAUUCGCCUCUGAGCGCAUUCCAGCGAUCAUCACGGAGCAUUUGCGCGUUUUGGCCCACGGCGUGGAUAAACGAUUGGAUGAAAUCCACUCCGCGAUAGAAGGUAUCGAGAAAGACCUUGAAACAAACAAGAAGGAGCUGUCGGCACAUUCCACGACCACCGCACUUAUCGCGGAGAGCCACAAGGAGAAAAAAACGCUUGCCGAUCACCACGGGAAGAUCAUGGAAAAUCUGCACCAGAAGCACGAGGUUCAUAGCAACAAAGUUGGGGAACUAGGAAAGAGUUUGGAGAAUUUGUUGGACAAAACAAGCGCUUUGGAAACCGGUAGAGGGCUGCUGAAGGCAGAUUUGGAGCAGUUAAGGCAGGAGUUUUUGGGGCUGCUGAAGGUGGUCGAGUGGUUGAAGAAGAACUACGCAAAUAGUAAUCAGGAAGCCAGGAGUGCAGCAAGCAGAGCUGCAAGUGGUCGAACCACAGGACAUCAGGCUGCUGGUGCAGGGGCAAUAAUUCAAGACCAGAUCCAGCGGAGGAAUGAGGAUGUUCAACUUCCACAGGAGAAAGCCGAACCGAAAACUCAACAAGAAAAUGACGACGGACACAAUCAAAAUGGAAAAGACAGCGCAAGAAACGCCAGCAGCGAUAGUUCCGCGCACAACGUAAACGCACCAAGGACGAGCUCCAUCGGCCAGAAGAAGGAGAAUUCGAAGGAGAGCAAUCCGAGGACCGGACCAAAGGAGCAGCUCGACACGCCAGUGAACUCUCGGACAACCACCGCGAUCAAGGAUGUGAAUCUUGAGAACAAAACUACAGCAACAGCAGGGAACAAUAAACAUGGUACUUCUUCGAGCGGGGAGAAAAAAACAAACCUUGAUGAGAAAAUCCGUUUCACCGAGCAACUUUUGGACCAAUCUGUGCAGUCUGGGAACAACGAACUUCUCCUAGACAAGACCGGCGUCGCAGGAGACACAGUGCCAGCAGGCCGAGGAUCUGCUGCGGAGACAGUGCGAUUGAGUUUGGAAGACGACAUAGCAGGAGCGACUUCAUCCCAGAUUCAACACAGUCACAGUUCUUCGGGAAGUACUAGAGCGUCACAACCUGCAAGAACUACAGAGCCGAACCUCCAACCAAAUCCAAACCGAGCAUCCGACAAGAACUUCCGCCAGCGCCACUUCUGGGAAGUGUUAACCCCGGAUUCAUCACUGCACGAAAACGCGAUCAGCUGGGCAAAGGAGCAGUUCCCUGUCGGGUCGCACCACUUCAUCGCCUCUUCUAGCAUCGACAAAACUUUGCAACCACUGUUGAAACGAACCACCGCCGUCGGGACGGAAAUGCUGGUCGAGCGGGAUAGGAACAAUAUUCACGACGGGAACAGACAGAGGGUGUUGGCCGCCAUGUUGCGAGAUGUUGACGCGAAUAAUCUUGAAGUGGACCACCCGCAGAUGAAAAAUUCCGCUGAAGCUCCUCCUGCAGAAGUGGAACCAGCAGCCAGGCGGGAGUCCGACUUUUACUUCUACCCAGAACUGCCGUCAAGUGAUGUGAACCAGAACGGAUCAGAACAACAUGAUUCGAGCCGUGAGAAGAUGAACUUCUAUCCGCCCCGGCGCCAUCCUUUGUCGCAGACCACAACGACCGAUGCAGCGCUCGCCCGGGCCGCGGCGAUUCUGGAUGCCACGGCACCUCAGUGCAGUGUGGACGAGGUCGUGGAUAGGGGCACGUCCGAAAGUACUAAAGUAGACCGCGUCGGAACCUACUACCGGGUGAAGGAUUUGGAGCGGAGCCCAAGGAAUUUGAACUCUGAUUCCGUUUUUAUUAAUACACCGAGUGUUGCAAAAAUCCAGGAAUCCAUGGUGCCUGGCGGGCGGGAAAAAACAGUAGCACGACACGACCGUUCGCGGUCGAAAAGCAAGCGAAAGCGGUUUUUUUCGGAAGAGGGAUAAGGACCUGCCGUCGACGUGGAUUUUUAGUCCCUCAAAAGAUAUGUUUGUUUUUUCAACGAUACGAGUCUUUGUAGAAUCUUUCACACCAGCAACGAAAUGGUAAUGGAAAUCCAAUGGAGUAGAUUGUAGAAUCUUUCACACGGUGAAAUCAGAGCGUUCUUCUUGAGUUUAGAACUUCUUUAAACCUUUAUCAUAAAGAAGCAGGUCACACCCUUCUAUCACUUGUAAAAUGAUCAACUCAUCAUCGAGAGGAUAUCGCAACAGUCACUGCAGAUGCUUUAAUCAGUCCUCGAUUUGCAGCGGUUUCGCAGCCAACUGUCGUUGUGAAGAUGGCAAGACAAAUUCCAAGAAAGUGAACGGGCGCAAUCAUCUGAAAAAGAAAAUGAGAAUAUCAAAACAAAAAAUCUGACGAGCACACAAAAUUUUACAACUAUGUGUUGCCUGGGCUUGCAGUAUUUGAUUGCUUCUUUGACUUUGAC